AAAAUAGAAUAUAAAAUAAAAUUAUUCAAUAAUUUAAAAAUAAUUAAAUUAAUAAAAUAAAAACAAAAUUAAAAUAAAAUAAAAUAAAAAAGAGUAAAGAAAAUUAAAUAAAUGAAAUAAAAAUAAAAAUAAAAUAAAAGUAUUUAAAUAAAAUAAAAAAGACUAGAAUAAAAUAAAAUAAAAAAUAAAAUAAUUAAAUAUAUAAAAUAAAAAUAAAAUAAACUGUAUAAAAAUCAAAUAAAGCCCUGCAAUGGACUGGCACCCUAUCCAAAGUAUUCCUGCUUUGCUGAAAUUAAUAAUAUAAAUAAAUAAAUAGAUAAAUAAAUAGAUAAAUAAAAUAAACAUAAUAUAGUAAAAUGCAACAUAAUACAAUGGAAUAAAUACAUUAAUGUAAUUUAAUAAAAAUUGAGUAAUAGUAAAACCUGAUAUUAAAAUGAAAUAUACAUAUUGUAAUGAGGUAAUGUAAGAACAAGGUGUCAGAUAUGUACCUAAUAAAGUACUUGUGAGUGUAUUUAUGAUCUGCAAUGUUUUGUCACUAUUUAACGAAUGUUUCCCCCUGUGCUUUCUGCUACAGAUUGUCCGAACUGAACACAACCUGGGCCUCAAAACGUGGUAACAUGCUCACCCUGACCAGCGCUUCUCCUUAGAUCUUCUGCAUCUGAUGCUUCUCUUCCAUUCACCUGUAAGAAGAAACUAGGAACCCGCUGUCAAGAAGAAUCCCACUAGCGACGUCUCAGAUUAUACGACAAACAGAUCUUACUGGACUGAGCGCGAGUCAGGAACACGAUGGCUAACAACACGGCGGACCACCCACCUGGAAACUCGGUAGCCGAGGGCAACCACGAUGCGGAAUUCGGCUGCACGGUGAGAGAUCUUCAGGAGCUGAUGGAGCUCAGGAGCGCAGAGGCCGUCAACAAGAUCAGAGACAACUACGGAGAUGUGCAGAGCAUCUGUCGUCGACUCAAAACCUCCCCAGUAGAAGGGCUUUCCGGAAACCCGGCUGAUCUUGAAAAGCGCCACACAGCCUUCGGGAAGAACUUGAUCCCUCCUAAGAAGCCCAAGACUUUCCUGCAGCUGGUGUGGGAGGCGUUGCAGGACGUCACGCUUAUCAUCUUGGAGAUAGCGGCUAUCAUCUCGCUCGGAUUGUCUUUCUAUCACCCGAAGGGAGAGGGUGGUGUUGCUUGCGGUCAGGCCGCCAGUGGUGUCGAAGAUGAAGGCGAGGCCCAGGCGGGCUGGAUUGAGGGCGCAGCCAUCUUGUUCUCCGUGAUCAUCGUCGUGCUGGUGACGGCGUUCAACGACUGGAGUAAAGAGAAGCAGUUCAGAGGGCUGCAAAGCCGCAUCGAACAAGAGCAGAAAUUCACCGUCAUCCGCAAGGGCCAAGUGAUCCAAAUCCCCGUGGCUGAGAUCGUAGUGGGAGACAUGGCACAGAUCAAAUACGGUGACCUGCUUCCGGCUGAUGGUAUUCUGAUUCAGGGCAAUGACUUGAAGAUUGAUGAGAGCUCAUUGACUGGAGAGUCAGAUCAAGUGAAGAAGUCUCUGGAGAAAGAUCCCAUGCUGCUGUCUGGAACUCACGUGAUGGAGGGCUCCGGGAGGAUGGUGGUCACGGCGGUCGGCCUGAACUCGCAGACCGGAAUCAUUUUCACUCUGUUGGGAGCCGGCGGCGAGGAGGAGGAGAAGAAGGUGAAGAAGGGUAAAAAACAAGGAGCCCCUGAAAAACGCAACAAAGCCAAGACCCAGGAUGGCGUCGCUUUGGAGAUCCAACCCCUGAAGAGCGAGGAGGAGAAAGAGGAGAAGGAGGAGAAGGAGAUCAAGAAGGUCAACGUCACCAAAAAGGAGAAGUCCGUGCUUCAGGGCAAGCUGACCAGACUGGCUGUACAGAUCGGCAAAGCAGGUCUCAUCAUGUCCGCCGUGACCGUCAUCAUCCUCAUCCUGUACUUCGUGAUCGAUACGUUCGGAGUCCAGGGCCGGGAGUGGACAGCCGAGUGCACACCCAUUUACAUCCAGUACUUCGUUAAGUUCUUCAUCAUCGGCGUGACCGUGCUGGUGGUGGCCGUUCCGGAAGGUCUUCCUCUUGCCGUCACCAUCUCUCUGGCUUACUCGGUCAAGAAAAUGAUGAAAGACAACAACCUGGUAAGGCACCUGGAUGCCUGCGAGACCAUGGGCAACGCCACCGCCAUCUGUUCCGACAAGACCGGCACGCUCACCAUGAACCGCAUGACCGUGGUGCAGGCCUACAUAGGCGACACACACUACAAGACCGUCCCCAAUCCCGAGGCCAUCAAACCUGAGACUUUGGAGUUGAUAGUUAACAGCAUCUCCGUCAACUCGGCCUACACCACCAAGAUCCUGCCCCCAGAGCACGAGGGCGGCCUCCCAAGACAAGUCGGUAACAAGACCGAAUGCGCCCUGCUUGGACUGGUCCUGGGAUUGAAGCGUGACUACCAGCCCAUACGGGACGAGAUCCCCGAGGAGAAGCUCUACAAGGUCUACACCUUCAACUCAUCCCGGAAGAGCAUGAGCACCGUGCUCAAAAACACCGACGGCUCGGGAUUCCGCAUGUACAGCAAGGGUGCCUCCGAGAUCAUCCUCCGCAAGUGUUCCUACAUUCUGGAUGCUGCAGGCCAGCCCCGCGUGUUCAAAACCAAGGAUCGGGAUGAAAUGGUGCGUAAAGUGAUCGAACCCAUGGCCUGUGAAGGCCUGAGGACCAUCUGCGUAGCCAUGAGGGAGUUUAAGGGUGAGGAGCCAAACUGGGACAACGAGGCCGAUAUCCUUACUGACCUGACCUGUAUCUGCGUGGUUGGCAUCGAAGACCCCGUCCGUCCAGAGGUUCCUGAGGCUAUUUCGAAGUGCCAGAGAGCGGGCAUCACUGUGCGCAUGGUCACCGGCGACAACAUCAACACCGCCCGAGCCAUUGCUACCAAGUGCGGCAUCCUGCAGCCCGGAGAGGACUUCCUGUGCCUGGAGGGCAAAGAGUUUAAUCAGCAAAUCCGCAAUGACAAAGGAGAGGUUGAGCAAGAACGUCUGGACAAAGUCUGGCCCAAACUGCGUGUCCUGGCUCGCUCAUCACCAACAGACAAACACACUCUAGUAAAAGGCAUCAUUGACAGCACCAGGGACGUGACCAGGCAGGUUGUGGCAGUGACUGGAGACGGAACCAACGACGGCCCUGCCCUCAAAAAGGCUGAUGUUGGCUUUGCUAUGGGCAUCGCUGGAACGGACGUAGCUAAAGAGGCAUCCGACAUCAUCCUGACAGACGACAACUUCACCAGCAUCGUGAAGGCCGUCAUGUGGGGCCGCAACGUCUACGAUAGCAUCUCCAAAUUCCUCCAGUUCCAGCUCACAGUCAACGUCGUGGCCGUCAUCGUCGCCUUCACCGGCGCCUGCAUCACACAGGACUCUCCGCUAAAAGCGGUGCAAAUGCUCUGGGUCAAUCUGAUCAUGGACACGCUGGCCUCUUUGGCUCUGGCCACCGAGCCGCCAACCGAGUCCCUGCUGCUGCGCAGACCGUACGGCCGAAACAAGCCACUCAUCUCCAGGACGAUGAUGAAGAACAUCCUGGGGCAUGCCGUUUACCAGCUGAUAAUCACAUUCACUUUGCUUUUUGCUGGCGAGAAGUUCUUCAACAUCGACAGCGGUCGUAACUCUCCUCUCCACGCUCCCCCCUCCGAGCACUACACCAUCAUUUUCAACGUCUUCGUCAUGAUGCAGCUCUUUAACGAGAUCAACGCUCGCAAGAUCCAUGGCGAGAGGAACGUCUUCGAGGGCAUCCACAGGAACCCCAUCUUCUGCAGUGUUGUCCUGGGAACGUUUGUCCUGCAGAUCAUCAUCGUGCAGCUGGGUGGAAAGCCAUUCUCCUGCACGGCUCUCACCCUGGACCAGUGGCUCUGGUGCAUCUUCAUCGGCGUCGGCGAACUGCUCUGGGGCCAGUUGAUCUCCGCCGUCCCCACACACCAACUCAAGUUCCUGAAGGAGGCUGGCCACGGCAGCACCAAGGAGGAGUUCCAGAAGGAGGAGCACACCGAGGACGUUGAUGAGAUCGACCACGCCGAGAUGGAGCUGCGCCGCGGCCAGAUCCUCUGGUUCCGAGGGCUGAACCGCAUCCAGACUCAGAUUAAGGUGGUGAACGCGUUCCGCAGCUCGCUGUACCUCGAGAAGCCUGACUCCAGAAGCUCCAUCCACAAUUUCAUGCUCCACCCCGAGUUCAUGCCACAGGUCGAGGAGGACGCGCGGGUGUCGACGAUAGAAGAGAGCAGCGCCGAGCUCGAGCCGCUGCCCUCCUCCUCCGCGUCUUCCCUGCCAAGCUAGAGUGGAUUGGGGGGGGAGGGGAGGCGGAGAAACCCCCGGACAGCUCCACACGUGGCCGCAAGUCCUCCAUCUGACCGUCAUCUAUCCAUCCUAUCUAUUCAUCAAUUCCAAUCCGAAUACAAGCUCCAUCGUAAAAUAUUAAAAAUCUCCAUACGACAUCCUCAUGGAGCGUUUGCCCCUCGGCUCCUGUUUGACUGGCACAGUUUUGGCACUGCCUCUUCAACUCAGAGGGCAGAUGGAAGGUCACAGCCUUUACUUCACUGACGAUUUUUUUUUUAUAUUCAUACUCAUUUCGAUUUACAUUUAGGACUUCUCUUUAACUUGAAGCAUGUGCGGUUAAAGCAUUCGUUCAUACGUCUUUAUUUCUUUCAUGCAAUUUACUGUGGUUUGAACCAAAAUACACUUCACCCCAUUUUAUUAACUGCUACGUCUAUGGGAAGUCUACAAUCAAGACACACUACACUUUUAAUAUUUCGAACUACAUUUUCAACUGUCAUGAUCAACGUCCUCGAGUUUAGUUCGUUUAAGUUGUCUUUUUAUUAUAUUUUACUUUUGUGUGCAUGAAUAUAAGGCUGCUAUUAUGAAAGCAGAGUAAAGCAGAGUAAAACACAUUGGAUUUUAAAGAGUUAGGAGUGCCUCCUGUUCGGUGUGGAGGGGCAAAGUGGGCCAUGCGACUCAUCAUCUCAUUUAAUCACGUCUGCUGGUGAACGUAUUCAUUGUUAAAUAGUAAAAUUGGUGUGCGCAUUAUGAUCACCCUAGUUGAACAGAAUAAUUCCUAUACUCAAGGUACAGCAAGUCACCACAUAACCUUUCUCAAAUCUGAUCAAUUUUUAAACAAAUAUGAGUUCCUAAUUGUUAUUUUGGGUUUGGGUUUUAAAUAAUAUCAGACUCAAACUUCAGCUUUGAGUCAUUCGAUCGAAUAGUUCCUAAUAUUUCUCUAAGAGACUAGGACCAUGAUCUGUGCACCUCCGACACAAAAAGUGGCACAAAUGGCAUAAUCCCGACGAGUAUUAUGCAACACGAGUCCUCUGUUCGAGCCCUGUGAACAGUCUGUCAGCCGAGCGGAAAGCCUGGAAUACAAAGCAGAGCUGCCAAGCUUAUGGCCUGCGUACCAUGUGCUUUUAAUUAUCGUAGUCCUGCCAUAUUUCCAAUCCUACUUUCAUACCGAUCUAGUUUAGAUGAUAUCCUCAAUAUCCUUUUUCUACUUGCUAAGAGCCAUAUUUUCUAGGUUGUUCUUUUAUAUCCCAUUGCUAUUUAUUAAUAUUUUUUUUUUUUGUUUCAAAUAAAGAAAUCAGUCCCUGUGUAAUAAAUUUAGUGUAUGGGUUUCAGACUAAGCCACAUCUCCCCCUACUGGCGAUUUUUUGUUAUUUCCCCCCAACGUGAUGUAUUAAUCUAUAUUAUAGAGACUGGUGUAAAUGACAUACAAAAUUAAUGUUCUGUUUUCUUUCUUUUUUUGUACGAUGGUUCUGUAUUUUUAUAUUAUAUCUUUUAAUAUUUCGCAAAUCUGAAUCUGAACUAAAAGGUGUAUAGGUUUGGAGCGUUAACAGAAUUAGUCAAGUGGGUAGUAGAGUACAUUGUUUUGUGGUUAUACUAUUGACGAUGCCACGUUUGAAUAGGAGAUGCUGUGGCCAAGUGAGAAAGGUGUGUUUCGUGUUUACUGUAAAUCCGUCGGGGUUACUACAACUCGUGGGUGUCCUAAAUGUCCUGAAGCUGCUGGCUUCGAGAGGGGACGCGACGCAUGGGCUCGGCUCGGGCAAAAUUAAAGCCUGGAUAAUUCAUCUCCAAACUGGUUACUGUAAAUGUUACAGAGAAUUGUGCUGAUGUUACUGGUUUUAAUAUUUUAUUGUUUGCUGAACAGUUGAAUCUAGAGUACAGUACAUACUUCCAUCAGUUGUGUACAUUUACUGUUACACGGUAUUGCAGCGUAAUUUAUUUUCCUUUCUUUUAUCAUUUGCUGCUGUUCCAUUCCAUGCUGGUCUUACUAAGUCCAAUUUACUACAACUUGUGUGCCCAGUUCAAACCAUGUGACUAGUUUGAUUGAUUUAAAUGUUUUCUACAUCCAAUGUAUUGUACAAAAAGCAAAAAAAGAGAGAUUGUUUGACUGCUAAAAGCAGUUAAGAGUUUUGCCAAAGUGUUGUUUUGUACAAUCGUUACAUUUUGAAUUGUUUUAAGUUCUGUCUUAAGUCCUAUCAUAAAUGUCUGCUGUGUUAAACACUACUUCGUUUCCGCACACUUAUUAACAGUCAAGGUAUAUUCGUGAGUCUGACCUUCAGUCCGUUAAGUCUACACAUCCAUCCGGUUUAGCUCUGCAGGUCGUCCUAUGUACUAUUGUAAAAAAAAAAAUACCUUUAAAAAAAGAUGGCAUGCUAUGGCCCUGCAUUGACUACAUGACUACUCUACUGAUAUAUCGACAGCUCUUGUUUGGGGAACUGGUUAGGGAUUCAGGAUCGUUACACCACAGUUGUAAAUAAAACUGCAUUUUUAAACUGCAAUCUUAGUCACAACAUCAAAUGACUUAAAUCCUGUUUAAUUGCUUUUAAGAAUUGUAUUUGACCGUGAGGAGGUUUUACAACAAAAAAAGAUUAAAAAAAUGAAGCUUAUGAUUUAAAUUCAUAUGACUACGGUAUCAAGCACUGGUGUUAUUUUUGUACAAACCUAAUAUCAUCUAUGUGGCAUGCAUGACUUAUAAACAAAUUGAUGGUUCAAAGCAA